AUGGCAUCCACCCGCGCCUUUCAGUUCGCCGAGGGCGAAGACACCCAACAACUAGCCCGUGAUGCCGAAGCUCUUUUGAAGAAGGGCUGGGCCCAGGAUGGAGAUGCUAUGGGAGUGACUAAGACAUUCCACUUUAAGAGUUAUUUCAAGGCUGUGGCGUUUGUUAAUAUGAUUGCAGCCGAGAGCUCGUCUAAGAAACAUCAUCCCACAAUGACAGUGCGCAUUGGCUCGGUCGAUGUGCACUGGACGACCCAUCGCCCGCGUGGAUUUUCACAGAAAGAUGUUGCGAUGGCGCAGCAUUGUGAUCAGGGCGCUGGUCUAAUGGGUGCUGUCGAUCCCGGUCAAGGACUGAAAUGUGGUCCGACUGUCUAA